UUAAAUGGAGGAAUAUGCCAUGAUGUGGAACCAGAAGGUUUGUAUUGUCAGUGCUGUUAUUGCCCUGGUGUUUCGUUGUGCGGUACGUUAAAGAGAACACCUCAGCCGAAACCAUUUUGAUCUUAAAACAAUAACUGACCAUGGUUGUAAAAAACCAAGCAAAUAAACAAACUACCCACCGCCUGAGCUGAAAACCCUGCGGCUUCGUGUUCAAACUUACUUUCAAUUUAUUGACUUUCAUAGAUCUUUACUGCUUAUGUAUGCAAUUCAUUUUAGCAAGGUAAAAGGGAAAACAUUGUGGUGCGAUAUAAAUACGAAAAGAAAUGUCGGCAUGAGUCGCCUGCUUUUUUCAAAUUUCUGCAGACUGUACUUAAGCAAUGGUAACGAAUUUUUGCUUCUACAAUUUUUUAAUGACCACAAUUCAGUGCAGCAGAAACUAACACGAAGCCAGAGCUGAACCUACACUUAAAGAAGCAGCAGCAAUAUGAUGUAUAUAUCAGAAAGUUUAUAGUGACUGCACCAUUUACUAUAAAAAAAAAAAUUAGGUCCCUCUCAUUACAAUAAAUAAUUCACUACUUUAUCUUCUCAGGAUUCCUCUGCCAAUGUAAACAUACCUUCCGUGGUCUUGCCACUGGACCUCAAUGUCAGGAAACGACUCGCACGUUCGAGGGCGGUUUGGGGACCUCUUACAUCUGGCUUAAAACUUUGGUUGUGUACGAAAGGAGCGUUGUACAACUAGAGUUUAUCACAACUACUGCAAACGGGCUUUUACUUUAUCAAGGCCCUCUCACUGAAGGUGUGCCUUUCUGUUUAUGAAAGCUAGUUUGGGUUUAGUCGCAUAAAUAUAGGAUAGCUCUACCUAUUGUAUUAAUUUAUGGACAAAGGGAAAACACAAGUGUAUCCACCGAAACGUUGUUUAUUUACUCUAUAGCAUUAUUGUUCAUCUUUGCCUCUAAGCUUGGCAAGGAUAGCAGGAGGUGGGGUUGAGAAUGUUUUUGAAAUCUUUCUAUUGAAAGUGUCGCGCUAUCAACCGUGUUAACCACUAUACAUAGGAAAAGGUAAGCGUAUCCUUGGCCUCUCCGUUUGGCGAUGAAAGUAGGAGUUGGAGUACUAUAUGAAUUAGCAUUCCAGUUUUGACUGACUAACCAUUUGCCAUCAUUCGUGUAGUGUUUCGAUUCAUUUGAUAUAAUUACUUAUACACAGUAGUAAUUCAUCCGUUAUAGUAAAAUACCAAAGAAAGCUGUAUGAAGAGGCUCUAAUAUUUACGAAAUGGUUAUGCACUUUUCUCCUUCCACAGUCAGCGCUAGUGAGUCACUUGAUUUCAUGGCCAUUAUUCUGUACGAU